AUGGAAUCGAUGCAUAGAAAAAACAUUCUUCUACUAAUUUUUACAUUUUUUCUUACUUUUCAUCGCUCAGACAGUGAGGAAUUAACUGCGAAUAAUCAUGAAUUACUAUUUAAUCCUGCUAGUUUAACUGUUUCUGUUGGCCGUAAUGCAUCAACUACAAUUCAAUUAGUAUCAGAACAAGAUGAGUCCAUUCACAUCUCCUUUGUUUAUGGUGAAGAUCGGUCUCACUCGACAGAUUAUAUUAAACCACUUGCGUCUAUUGAUUUCCGUGGACAUUCUUCUCGUAUGGAAAUGGUUUUAAUAAUAACAGGUCUUCGUCCCGGUCAUGUUAUUGUUGGUUGUAAUGUAACACCUGCAUUUAAUACAAAUUUAACGGACCGAGAUUUCCUUCUAAUUAAUAUUGCACUUAGUGCUAAACUUGAUCGAAUUAUUAAUAUAAUCGGUUGGCUUUCUUUUGCUACAUGGUCUUUUUCAUUUUAUCCACAAAUAGUACUGAAUUUUCGCCGACAAAGUGUUGUUGGACUUAGUUUUGAUUUUCUGGCUUUAAAUAUGUUUGGAUAUUUUUGUUAUUCAGUAUCUAAUAUUGGCUUUUAUUCAUGGAAGAGUGUUCAAGAUGCCUAUGUGAAAAUACAUCCACACGGUGUUAUACCUGUUUUACUUAACGAUGUUGUAUUUGGUUUACAUGGUUUUAUAGCAUCAUUUCUUACUAUUUUUCAAUGUGUUCUUUUUCAACAUUCUGGACAACAAGUUUCAUACGCAGCAUCGAUAUUAUUAUUCUUAUUAAUUUUACUUUUAUCGAUAACAACAAUUUUAACAUCGGUGAAUCAUAUGAAUUUACUUCUAUUAAUGUAUUUCUAUUCAUAUGUUAAAUUAGCAGUAUGUGCUAUAAAAUACAUUCCACAAGUUCUAAUGAAUCGUCGACGUAAGUCAACUGAAGGAUGGUCUAUUGGAAAUGUUAUAUUUGAUUUUCUUGGCGGGAUACUAAGUUUAAUACAAAUGUGUUUAUUUGCUAUUAAUUAUAAUGAUUGGUUAUCAUUAUUUGGUUCAAUAACCAAGUUUGGUCUUGCUAUUGUUUCAAUUACAUUUGAUAUUGUAUUUAUUGUACAACAUUAUGUUCUCUAUAAGAAUCGUGAACAUAAACCCGAUGGAUAUCAAGUACUGGAUAAUAAUGAAGAAACUACAGCAGUUACAGUCAAUAGUUGA